AUGGGUCUUCCUAUGUACGUUUCUCCAUCUCUGUCCAAAAGACAACUCCCACCAAAACAACCACAGUCGCCUCCGUAUACACCAUAUGAAGACACUGAUUUUGCUGGGGAACCUUAUCAGAAUUCAAGAACGAGUGCUUUUGGUAAUCGUCGUUAUUUUCUCCAUCGAAAUGUUUCUUCACCCGCACUUCCAUAUAAUGGUGAAUACUCCGUUUAUGGAGGCGGAGUUAAUGGUGCCGGUUCUUAUCGCUCGUCAGAGCUAAGCCCGACAGACCAACAACCAAUAAUAGACAUACCAGAAUUGCUUCAACCAAGGAAUUCCGUCUCUCAACAACCACCACAUAACAACCAACCACGAAGAAUAAGAUCUUCUUCAGUAUCAUAUAAUAACUUGGUUCAACAGCAUAUUCAAAGGCUACAUCACCUUCAACACUUACACCGUACAAGGGAGCAACAACUUGCCUCGUCAAAUUUAGCUACUAGACGUGGGAUGCAAUCCGCUCAUUUAUUAAGUCUUAAUCGUGCUCAACAAUUUAUGCAAGUACAACAGCAACAACAAGCAGCACUUGCUGCCGUCGCCCAAAAUCUUUUUCCUACACAUGAGGAUCAACAAGAGUCUCAAGACGAAAUUAUUGAUCUAAAUUUUGAGGAGGUACCAUCAGUUCAAACGCCUCUUCAACCAAGUCAUAACGGAGUUGCUUUAGAUAGUGUAUUUAGGCGUGUAAAUUUACUUCGUCAACUCGUUCAACAAGAUAAUCGUGUUAUGCGACCUACCUCUAGACAACAUAGAUCAUCAUCAUCGAGUCAUGGUAGAAUAUCAAAUACGAGAAUAUUAACAUCACCAUCAUCCGCACAAACAAGGGAAGAAAUCCUUCAAGGUGGAAUUGACGCACCAAGAUUUAUUCGUGUUCAAAGUACACAAGUUCCACCACCUACAUUUUCACAUAUUCCAAAUCAAUCAUUACCACCAGUACCGAGGCGUCUUCCAGCAUGGCAUAGUAUUAGAAGGGGAGCAAAUUUUUCGAAUGAAUCCAGAUCUUUAGUUGAUGAAGAAUUUUAUCCAACAGAUAUUCCUCUUAAUGCUUUUGAAUAUGAUUCAGAAAGUUCUAUAGAGAAUGGACAUACCUCUCGUAUAUUAUCACCAAUACCAAGGAGGUAUGACCCUACACUUACUACUGUUUUUUCUACAGCUCCGCAUAGCACAUUGGUCAGCGAAAGUGGAGAUCGAAUUGAUGUUGAUAGUAGUGCAAAUAGUAAUUAUAGUAGAGGAGAAACUAUCAGACAAGAACAACGAAGUUCAGCUUCUGGGGAGGUUUGCUAG